UACAAUUAAUUAUUUCAUAUUUGACAAUAUUUGUUCAUCUCAAAAUCAAAUAUUUAUUUUUAUUAAUUUAAAUAUUUUUUUUUUGUGAGUAGUGUGUACAGGCGAUGAAUAUGGAUCACAGAUAAUUAAAAUAUAGUGUACAAACAUAUAUUAUAUUGCCGAUUCGAACUAUAGAUACUUCCUACUUAGACACUGUGAAGUGACAAAGUUUUUUCCAUCAUGGUGGCUAGAGGAGGCAAAACUAGAUUUAUUGGAUUCAUUUGCAUGGUUUUGGUUUUAUCAGCCGUACUAUACGUGUUUCAUGAAACUCAAGUGGAAUUAGAUGGUGCCCGUCAUUCGUCUUCAUCGUGCACGCAUCAGCUAGAAUCUAUAUCAUCUCAAUUACAAGUUAUUGUUGAACAUAAACUCAAAUUGGAGAGGUCAUUAGAAGAAGAAAAACACGAACAUCUAAAAACCAAGGAGGACCUUAAUGCAGUGAUUCAAGACGAGAAACAGUUGCGUGAUAAACAAAAUGUCGACUCUAUGAAUCGAUAUAAUGAGUUAGAACGAAAUCAUGAAGUAUUACAGGAAGAAGAAAAAAAUUUAAGAGAGGAAUUGGAAAAAUUGAAAUUACAAUAUUUUGAAGAAGAAAAGAAAAAUAAACAACUUACUCAAGAAUUGAAUGAUGCACAAAACGAAAUACAAAAUUUAAAAAAUGAAAAAGUGAAAUUAGAAAGUGGAAAAGAAAACUUAGAAAAUGACCAAAUUAAUAACUUACAAAAAUCAAAUGAAUUUUCAAACAUAAAAUUUAUUCAGAAAUCAAUUGAUGUUAUGAAUGUUACAAAAUUAAAAAGUGGUUCUGUAACUCCUGCCAUUAAUCCACAAGCAAUUGAUGGGGCUACUGCUAAGAGUUCAACACCAAUGAUAAGUUCAAAAGUGAUUAAUACAAACAAAUCAUUACCUAUUGAAAACGAUGAAACCAAUCCAAUUAAUCAACCUAUUGUUUUAGACAUCAGUUCUGAUAAAGUACCUAAUAAUGUUUUGGUCUUACUAAAUGAAACUAGUUCAACUCAAGAAUCUCAAGUUGGUGGAAAUGAAUCCAUGAAAGCUAUGCCUGCUCCACCCCAAGAAGAGACUGUUAAAAAAGAUCCAUUAAAUAAGUAUAGUAAUGAAGAGGAAAAAUUAUCAAAACAAAAAAAUAAUUCCUAUAAAUAUGAGUAUGAACAAGAACAUAACAAAGAAGAUGAAGACGAUGAAGAUUUAAAUGAUUUUGAUACUAGAGAAGAUGCACGUCAAAAUUCGAAUAAUUAAUUUUAUUUUUAUUUAUAAUUUAAAGUAGGUACCUUUAUAAUAGUGAUGGGCAACUUAAAAUUACAUUGAAAAAAAGUAAAAUUUACAAUGGACAUUAACUUUUUAUUUUUACAAUGUUUUAAUACUAAAAAACUUAAUAAAAUACAAAUAAACUGUAAAAUGUUAUAAAAUAAUUUGAAAAUGUAUCACGAGCCAGGAAAAAAGUUAUUACUGUCCGCCAGUUGCUCAUCCUUUCUUUAUAAAAAACUUAAAUAUUAAAAUUAAAAUACUUAUUAAGAAUUAAUUGUAUUUUGCUUUUUUAUUUAAAAGGAUAAUCUAUGAUCUUUUUUUUAUAAAAGCUAAUUUAAUAAGCAGUUUAUAAGAUAUUGUUUAUUCAAUUUUUUUUAUUAUUAAAUGAAAAAAAGAAUGUAUCAUUGUGUCAUAAAUUAUUCAACCAGCUCAAAUUAUCAAACAUUUUGGUUGUAAUCCCUAAAAUAAUAGUAUUAAUUUAUAUAAGUGGUUUGUACUUUGUUCUAUGAUCUUUUAAAAUAGUUUUAUACUUUCAUAUAUUUUUUUUUAUUUGAUGUAAAUAAAUACAACAUUAUAAAAUAUAGUAAAUAGAGAAUGUCAAUGUAUUAUAUUAUUUAUAUUAAAUGUUAAUCUAACUAUUACAAAAUGUUUGUAUUAGUAUUCAAAUAUUAAUCAUAUUAUACUUCAGAUUCUAAGCAGUUCAUUAUAAAGAAAACAAUUGGUUUUUCAAUAAUAUUGUUUCAUAUUUUUAAUUUGUAUUUCUUUUAUUUACUUUUUGGAGUAGUAAAAGUGUUUUAUAAAUUAAUAUAAAUAUUUUAUUGAAGUUCAAUGCUCUUAUACGAUUAAUAAAUUAACACUUGAGUAAAUAUAAUAUUUUAUAAUAUAUUAUUAUUAAUUAUUGAUUUAACCUAACAUUAUAUUUUACCGAUAGUGGCAUAAUAUUAUUUGUAUAAGAACAUAUUAGUAAUAUGGUACCAUUUAUAGUUUUACAAUAUUAAUGCACUGUUUUUUCUCUCUUUGGUCCACAUGCAGUAUUAGGUAAAAUACAUUCAAGCAAAAUAAUUUUUUUUAUGGUUUGAGCAAUCUAAAAGUAAAAUUAUUUUCUACAAAAUGUACAGGGUUAUUAAAUUAAUUCAUGACAAUAUUCAAACAAAUCAAUGUCAUACCCUUUUAAAUUUUAAAUGUUACCCUGAGAUUACUUAAAAACAUAAACAAUAAUUUUGCAUGAAUUGUCUAUACUACAUGUGGGCUAAAAAAAAAAACAAACAGUGUCUUCUUCUUAACAACACUAUAUGUGCACAGAAUUUAUGCAUCUUAAAUGUAUUAUAUCUAUUGCUAGUAUUGCACCUAUUCUGUGGUAAUUGUAAUAAAUAAUAAUAUACAAAUCGUUAUAGCAUCCAAAAUAUUUAAACAAAUUUAAUAUUUAAUAAUAGUUAGUUGUGUUUUUAUGUGUUGUAAACUUAUAACAUUAUGUAAUAAGUUUGGCUGUUUGCUAAUUAAUAAAUUUAUAUUAAUUAAUUAUUA